UGUUGUUGCGGGGUUCACAAGUAAUUCGCCAGUUUUUGACCUCAGUUCGUCCGUUCGCGGUGGCAAGUUUGCAAAAUAGUGUUUUUGGUGGCAAAACAGAGGACCCACCCCGCAAAUACCCAGCCCAGUCAACAGAGGAGUAGUCCAGCAGUGGGAUCGAAUAGGAAUUCAGGCGAAUAGGGUGAAAUGCUCCGAACGAUAGCAGUCCGAAAUGAAAGCCUCCUCCGCAGCUCCCUCAAUCGCGCUCUGCGCCUCAAUUCUGCCCGGUGCGCCUCCACAGAGUGCUUCCGGCGCAUCCAGAGUCACAGACUUGUGAAUCGGAGCGUCCGGAAGCCACUGGAAGCGGCGCCGUGGCAGAUGCAGUCGCUGAGGGGCUACUGUGCCGAUCUGCCGUCCCACACAAAGGUCCUCCUGCCCGCCCUGUCGCCGACGAUGGAACUGGGCACGAUCGUGAGCUGGGAGAAGAAGGAAGGCGAUCGGCUGAAUGAGGGCGACUUGCUGGCCGAGAUCGAGACGGACAAGGCGACGAUGGGCUUCGAGACGCCCGAGGAGGGCUACCUGGCCAAGAUCCUCGUGUCUGCUGGCUCCAAGGACGUGCCCAUUGGGAAGCUAGUGUGCAUAAUCGUGGAGAACGAAGCGGAUGUGGCGGCAUUUAAGGACUACAAAGACACUGGCGGUCCUGCCGCCCCUCCAAAGGCCGCCGCACCCGAGGCCGCUGCUCCACCGCCACCCGUAGCAGCUGCUCCGGCGCCGCCACCUCCUCCCCCGGUCACGCCGGCGCCUCCUCGCCCCAUGACAGCCGUAGAGCAGAAGGGACCGCGCGUGUACGCUUCCCCGAUGGCCAAGCGCUUGGCUGAGGCGCAGCAGCUGCGGCUCGAGGGUCAGGGGAGCGGUGUUCACGGGUCCUUCAAGGUCUCCGACCUUGCCGGACUCAGCGCCGCUCCCGCUGCAGCGCCUGCGGCUCCCCGGCCGGCUCCUGGCCAGGCGUACAUCGACAUCCCGGUGUCCAACAUCCGCGGCGUGAUCGCCAAGCGCCUGCUGGAGUCCAAAGUCACCAUACCGCACUACUACCUCACCGUGGACAUCAACAUGGAGGCCGUGCUGAAGUUGAGGGCGAAGCUGAACAAGUCCCUGGAGAAGCAAAACGUGAAACUGUCGGUGAACGACUUCAUCAUCAAGGCGGCCGCCACGGCGAACAGGAAGAUCCCGGAAGCCAACUCAGCGUGGCUCGACACAGUGAUUAGACAAUUCGAUGCUGUGGACGUGGCUGUGGCCGUGGCGACGGACAAGGGCCUCCUCACGCCCAUUGUGUUCGGCGCGGACAGGAAAGGACUCGUGGACAUUGCUCAGGAGGUGAAGCAACUGGCGGGCAAGGCGCGAGACGGAAAGCUACAGCCUCAUGAAUUCCAGGGAGGCACAAUAACAAUCUCCAACUUGGGAAUGUUCGGCAUAACACAAUUCUGUGCGAUAAUCAAUCCGCCCCAGUCUUGUAUCCUGGCAACGGGAGCCACGGAGAAGCGACUGAUUCCGGAUGAGGAGUCGGAGAAGGGUUUCCGCGUAGUUGACGUCAUGUCGGCGACUCUGAGUUGCGAUCACAGACUCGUGGACGGCGCCAUCGGGGCGAACUGGUUGAAGCUCUUCCGUCAGUACCUGGAGGAUCCCAAUACGAUGCUCCUGUAAAUACUAUUCACCCUCUUAAAGUGUGUUCACGACCACGGAUUUCAACGUCUCAUUUGCCCAAUCAGAUGGUUUUUUUUUUGGUAGGAUUUGCUUUAAGAAAGUUUAGAAACCCCAAGACAGAGGACAUCAACACUUAAUUUUGACCAGAGAUAUUUGCAUUAGAGAUAUUACAGUGACAUUAUUUAGGAGGAAAUGUUGUAUAAAAAAAGGCGUAUUAGUUUUGAAGAAAUUUGCGAAAUUAUGCAUAUUUUUUGAAUCUGUGAAGACUACAAUU